AUGAGUGCUACACCAACGUCUGAAGUGCAACCAGCGGUCGCUCCUCCCACCCAGACACCGGGGCAUCCGAGUUUCAGAAGGCAGCGCGCAAGUCGAGCUUGUCAGAAUCGAUCAAGCGACCGAGCCGAAUCCGUUUCUGCAAGUUCUCCAACUGCAGUCGAGCGACCUGCUGGGUACGAUUUCAACCCGCACAGGACAUCUGAAUAUGAUGCCCAUGAUGGAAUGCCAAUCACAUCCCUCUCGAGCACGCAGACUGCUCAGCAGGGUGUCCAGAAUAUGCACCUUACACACUUCAUGAGGCCUCAAUUCGCACGAGCCCCCAUUAAAGACGCAGGGAGGGUAGCAUAUCUAGGGGAGUCCUCGAACUUAUCACUUCUUGUUCAUGAUCGUCAUGGGACAACCGAUGUUGUUCAUUACCCGCUACCAGACUCUAUCAAAGGGACUAGGUCUCGAGCGACAGAACUGGACAAUCUCGAAAUGGACAUCCUGCAUCAACGAGGUGCCUUUCUACUCCCACCACGAGCGCUUUGUGACGAGCUUGUAGAUUCAUUCUUUAAGUGGAUUGCGCCUGUGGUACCUGUGAUCAAUAAGAGUCGAUUUAUGUCUCGAUAUCGAGAUACCAAAAACCCGCCGUCGCUUCUUUUAUUGCAGGCUAUCCUUCUUGCAGGCUCAAGAGUGUGCACAAAUCCGCAAUUGAUGGAUUCUAACGGGUCCACUACGCCUGCGGCCAUGACAUUCUACAAGCGUGCGAAGGCUUUGUACGAUGCUAACUACGAGGAUGAUCGAGUCACCAUUGUACAGGCUCUGAUAUUGAUGGGUUGGUAUUGGGAAGGCCCAGAAGAUGUGACUAAAAAUGUCUUCUACUGGACACGAGUAGCUACAGUAGUGGCUCAAGGCUCUGGAAUGCAUAGGAGCGUUGAACAAUCGCAGCUGAGUAAAGCCGACAAGAGGCUCUGGAAGCGCAUCUGGUGGACGCUCUACACUCGAGAUCGCUCUGUCGCCGUUGCCCUUGGAAGACCCGUUCAUAUCAACACAGAUGACUCAGAUGUCGAAAUGUUGACCGAGGAUGAUUUUACCGAUGACGAUGGUGACCCCGGUACUAAGUUUGUUCCUGAUAAUGUUCACAUUCAGUUUUUCAUGCAGUACGUCAAGCUUUGUGAGAUAAUGGGCCUUGUCCUGUCGCAACAAUACUCUGUGGCCUCUAAGUAUCGGAAGCAAACUGCCAUGGACUUGACCCAGAGCGAUAUGGCUCUUGCGGACUGGCUGCAGAAUUGUCCUCGGGAGGUUUACUGGGAAAAAGAUCGGCACAAUUUCUGGUCAGCUCUUCUGCAUGCGAACUAUUACACGACAUUAUGCCUCCUACAUCGUGCACAUAUGCCUCCUGCCACAGCAGAGACUGACGGGCAGGAUGCUGGCUACCCUAGGGACUCAGCUUAUCCUUCCCGAAACAUAGCUUUUCAGGCUGCUGGCAUGAUCACGUCGAUCAUAGAAUACCUGCAGGUUUCGGAGGAACUCAAAUUCACCCCUGCUUUUGUUGUUUAUAGCUUGUUCUCGGCAUUGAUAAUGCAUGUCUAUCAAAUGCGAUCUUCUGUACCUUCGGUUGUUUCGGCAACGCAAGACAGACUCCAAAUAUGUAUGAACGCAUUGAAGGAAGUUUCUAAAGUGUGGCUGGUCGCUAAAAUGGUGCACACCUUGUUUGAGUCCAUUUUGGGCAAUAAAAUGCUCGAAGAUAAGCUUCAAAAAGCUGCAGGGCGACGCCACAAAGCUCAAAGACUCGAUCACAAAUCGGUCAACGAAAGAGAAGAGCAAAUGCCAAACCAAAACAAACGAAAGUUUUCCGAGAUUGAGGUUGAUCUGCCUAAUGGUCCACCAGGACCUCAAGUAUCUUACGAGCGAUCCCGGCCACAAACACCAGCCGUAACACCUCAUCGAGACAUAGGUCAGCAAGUAGGUCCACCAAACGGACAGAUGGGUACUUCAUCAACGACAGAUGGCAUUCGACAGUCUCAGCAGGAUGCCUUUAUGGGCAGUUCUCGUACCACUACCCGCGCCCCGACCCCGUUCAAUGGUGGUUUGGGAGGCGUCGCGACGCCGCCAGACUUGUACCUGGUUACGCGGGAUUCGCCUCAUAUCUCGCAGCAACUGUGGGAGAAUUUUCAGCCUGGCUAUCUUUUCCCCGAGAACACCAACAUCUCCAUGCCGCAAUUUGCGGGAGAACAGCCUCUUGACCCACAGCUUCAAAUGCAAUCGUCAGCAAUGCUACAGCCUCCAGCUCAAUCGCAGCAGCAAAUGCCUCGUGGUUCAUUAAAUAUGCACAUGGGAAUGCAGCAAAAUUGGCAAGAUACAUUUCCUGGUGGCAACAGUCCUGAAGACCAGUGGACAAGUAAUAAUCGGGAUCAGGGCCCGGUGGCUCCCACGACUCUGAAUAUGGAUGAUUGGUAUCAAUUCUUUGGCAUUCCCAGUAACGUCGGAGGUCUCCAGUCUGAUGCGGGGACGUAG